AUGAAUUUCUUCAAAUCAAUCCUAUCAGACGAUCCGGAUCCUCCCCAAACGGAUAACCCUCGCGAAUCCGACUCGGAUUCCCCGCUCAAAUCGAUCGGCGACGGUAGGGGAUCGGACGACGCGGCCGGCGGGUGGGGUUUCGGUGGCUUGAUCAAGACCCUCGCGAUCGAGUCGGUGAUCGAGACGUACCGCAGGGAUCUGAAGGAAUUCGGGUCGGGCCUCAAGAAGGAGAGCGAGAUACUGCGCGAAUCGGCAAGCCGAGCCGUGAAGGAUCUCCCGGCCUCGCUCGAAGCCAGUGCGUCGGUGGCUCAAGGCGCGCUGGAAGCCCUGAAGUUGAAGGCCGAGAUCGUUGCAAAGGAAUCACUGGGUCCCACGUCCGACGGUGAAUCCGAGACGCCGGGGACCAAUCUGAGCUUGAGCUCGGCUCGGUACAGCUGGUUCGAAGCUCAGCUGGGUGCGAUUCAGAGUGAUCCGGCUACUUUCUGUGAGGAUCCAGAGGAUGUUGAAGAGUAUGGGAAGUGGAAAUCAGGGUUUGAUUUGGAGAAGAAUAAGGAUGAAAUCGAUGGUUUGGUCGGGGAAAACGGGAAUCUUGAGGGCGUUUAUAAGAAGUUUGUCCCCGGUGCUGUUGAUCCAGAGACUUUCUGGUGUAGGUACUUUUACCGAGUGGAUAAAAUCAAGCAGCAGGAGAGCGUGAGGGCAAAUCUCGUGAAGCGAGCUAUUACCGUUGAGGAUGAUGAGGAGGAAUUGUCCUGGGAUUUUGAUGAUGAUGAGGAUGAAGAUGUGGCUGGUAACAGCAAUGCGGGUAGUGUGAAUGUGGCAAAAGGAGAUAAUGUCGUCACCGAUAAUAAAUCGAGUACCGGUGAAAAGCACGAGGCUUUGAACGUUGAGUCACGAGAGGUUAAGGAAAGAAACGAGGUUAAGGAAAGAGACGAGGUUGAGUCAGCCGGAAAUGAUAAUGCGAAAAAUGUUGCUUUGGAUCAGAAAGAAGUUGAGUCCGAAGUGAAAAAGGAUGAGAAAUUGGAUCAGAAAGAAGUUGAGUCCGAAGUGAAAAAGGAUGAGAAAGUGGAAGCUGAACAUAAUCUGAAGGAUAAUAGUGAUGAGAAGGUGAUUGUGAAUGAGAAGGUAAAUUCUUCUGAGAAAAAUGGUUCUUCUGUUUCGUCGGGCGAUCAGCCUAAGGUGGUGAAGGAGGAUGAGGAGGAAGAUUUAGGGUGGGAUGAAAUUGAGGACAUUGGAAGUGACGACGAGAAAAAAGUCUCGUCAACUGCUCAAAGUAGCAGUCUGGACAGAACUGAGAUGAGGAAACGGUUGAGUGUUGGGGAAGAUGAUGAGGAUUUGAGUUGGGAUAUUGAAGAUGACGAUGAGCCUGUGAAAAAACCGUGA